AUGUUUUCUCGUCAUCACCAUAAUGAUCUUAUCCUAUUCGAUGUCCGUUUGAAAUCAACAUUCAAGGAUAUGAUUCUCCUAAAGGGCUCAGAAGUGGAUUCCCCGGCAUAUCUUGUGGAAGGAUCAGUGGUUUUCUCGUUGGCCGCCCCGAUUCCUGUAAAGAAAGUGACCCUUCGGCUCACAGGAACCUUCAAACUUGAAUUCUUUGAAGUCAUCAAGGAAAAUGGAUCUCAGCAUUCAAUUCCGGUGAAAGAAGAAAAGGCAUUAUUUCAUUGCUAUUGGGAAAACUUGUUGGUUGAUUCGCAGGGAGAAAUCAAGAUCCUUGAUGGGCAACAAGUUCAUGGUGCAACUAAUCAACAAGAUAAUGCCACUGAUAAUAUCAAUGCUGAAGAUGAUAAUAACAAUAGUGUUCCUGAAGUUGAUUUAGAGAAUUCAACUUAUAUUUCUGAUUUGAACCUAUCAGAUUCUGGCCCUGAAUCGCACAAAAUGGCAAGUAUUCGCAAAAAUAAGUCGUCAAGUGCUUUGAACUUGGGUUUCAAAACUAAGACUUUCAUGAAGUAUUCACACUCAAGUUCAAACUUGAUCACCCUUUCAGACUCUUCGAAUGUCUUUGGAACUCCAUUUCAUGAACUUAGCAAACUUAACGAUGAAGCAUUAGAAGGUAAGACUUUUAUGUUGCCAGCGGGAAACUAUGAUUUACCAUUCAAGAUAAUCAUCCCGGGAACUAUAAGCGAAACGGUAGAAGGGCUAAAGGGUGGAUCUAUUCUAUAUAAAUUCCAAGCCACUCUACAAAAGGGAAAUACAAAUCAUACCUAUCAGCCAAACUUGAAGUUCUACAAGUCUUCUGGUCAUACUGGUAGUAACAAGAUUACAAAAAAUAGAUAUGUCAGGGUUUUCAGAACGUUACCACCAGAAACAUUACUAGUACCAGAAUCAUUAUCAAUAAGCAAUAUAUGGCCCUCCAAGGUUCAGUAUGCCAUGAGCAUUUUGUCAAAGCACGUCUCCAUUGGUUCCAAGUUUGCCAUCGAUAUCAAACUUAUCCCAUUGAUGAAAUAUUUACGACUAGGAAAAAUAAGCUUGAGCGUUAUUGAAUAUUAUGCCUAUAAAGGAAAAGGCAACGAAAUUUAUGAUGAUAACCAUAGAGUGGUGCACAAGAUUAUCGAACCGAGUAUUGAUGAUGAUUUGUACAAACUACACACGGACCAAAUUGAUGACGCUGGAGAUAUGGAAAAUCAAGAAGCUGAAAGUGCUACAACAAAUGUUGCAAAAAUGGCUUCUAGUGAUGAUGAAGUAGAUACCAUAAUUAAAAUUAAUCAAGACAGUUGGCAGGUGAAAACAUUUCUCCAAAUACCAUCGAAAUUGAAAGAUGUAACUCAAGAUUGCGAUUUGAAGAAUGAUCUCAUCAAGGUUCGUCAUAAACUUAAGCUAAAAGUCAGUCUAAUGAACCCUGACUCACACGUUAGUGAGCUUCGAGCAAAUCUACCUAUUGUGCUAUUUAUAAACCCCAAUGUCAAUGUUUAUGGUAGAUACGUGGCAAUGGAUAACACUGGGAAAACUCAUUUCCGUUCCCUUGAGGAUUCUUUAUUUACUAUGGGUCCUUCAUCAGACUCUGAGGGUGCCAGACCGACAAGUCCUGGGAUCAUUGGUGAUAAUGCUCUAGGUGGGCUAAACCAAAAUGAUCCAUAUUCCGAAAAUUCCAUGCUUAGGAAUAACAAUGGCCAUUUGUUUCUAAAUGAGCUUUCUGUUCCACCAGACUAUCAGCAUCAUGUCUACGAUAGGAAAUUUGAUCCUAAUAAGCCAGCCUUUCCAGAAGAUUCUUUACAGCUGACAAAUGGUCAAAGUGAUGAUGAUUUGAGAUUUUCUACGGAAAGACAGAGGGAGGAUGCGUCAGAUUCAACUAGUACACCAGUACCUGGAACUCAUACAGACCCGUCUCCCUCAACAGGGGGUUUGACGCCUUCAUCAUCCAGCACUCACCCAUUGAUUCGAAAAGUUUCCAUAGAACAACUUUCAAAGGUACCUAGUUAUCAUGAAGCAAUAGAGGGGUUUAAUUCCCUGUUCAACAAUUUCCAGUUAGCCCCAUUGUACGAAUCAGAGAGAGCAGCCGGCGCGGAGCACAGUAACCCACAUGGAAGUAGACCUGGCCAGUAA